AGAAGACAAAUAAGACAAAAUAGGAAUGACUUGCGUGCGUGCUGUGGCAUAGCACUUCGACACCCUCUACUCCGGCAUACCAUCAUCUUGAAAAUUUGAAGUCUACCUUCAUUUCCAUCCUCUCGAGUCACGAAACUGCAGGAAUUUGACCCCUACACACUUCUGAUUUAACUAAGCCGAUCACUUUCUGCUUUCUUACGUCUUUCUCCAUCAAUAGGCUCUAGCAUGGGUCAAACACUCUCAGCACCAGCUAUAGAGAAGAAAUCAGAGACGGGAGAAGAUGAUCGAUACCUAUUUGCAGUUUCUGAGAUGCAAGGAUGGAGAAUUACUAUGGAGGAUGCGCAUGUGACCAUGCUCUCUCUUGAAGAGAGCACAACUGAUAAAAACACUUUCUUUGCUGUUUAUGAUGGACAUGGUGGAAGCACCGUCGCAAGGUUUGCGGGGAGGAACGUUCACAAGCGGCUAGUUUCAGAAGAGUCAUAUCGUGAAGGGCGUUAUGAUGAAGCGCUUAAGAAAGCAUUCCUAGGCACCGAUGAAGACCUUCUCGCCGAUCCGUCGCAUACCCGUGACCCGUCAGGCUGUACUGCGGUCGCUGCUUUGUUAACUGAAAACAAGAUUUAUGUGGCCAACGCUGGCGAUUCCCGCUCUGUUCUUAGCGUCCAAGGUACAGCUAAGCCUUUGAGUUUUGACCACAAACCAACAAGCGAGACUGAACGGAAACGGAUCACGGAAGCUGGAGGAUACGUAGAAUAUGGACGCGUCAAUGGAAAUCUUUCGUUAUCCCGGGCUUUGGGGGAUUUCGAGUUCAAAAAAAACUAUGCGCUCGGUCCUCAAAAGCAAAUUAUUACAGCCGAUCCUGAUGUUACCGUCCACGAUAUUUCAGACGAGGACGAGUUCCUAGUCCUGGCUUGUGAUGGCAUCUGGGAUUGUCUAUCUUCACAAUCUGUCGUCGACUUCGUCCGGCUGAAAGUCUCAGAGGGCCUGGAACUGAAGGAGAUUGGAGAGAUGAUGUGCGAGCAUUGUCUUGCUCCAGAUACCUCGUCUGGAUCAGGUAUCGGGUGCGAUAACAUGACUGUCCUCAUCGUGGCUCUUCUUCGCGGAAAGACGAAGCAAGAAUGGUACGACUGGGUCAAAGAUCGUGUCAAGAACCGCUAUGGUUAUGCAACACCAGACGCUAUCUCGCAAAUCUAUUCAUCGGACCGACUUUCAUCAUACAGAGCGCGGAGAGAGGCACAGCAAGAGAGAGACAGACUGAGGAAGGAGCGAGGCGAUGACAGUUCUUCAAGCAGUUUGUUUGGCGGAAACAGUCCAUUUGCUCGUGUCCUGGGAAGCACUGGUGGCAUUUCUUUCCAUCCGGGUUCGGGGAUCCUGAGCGACACUGGUCGCCUCAUGUUCGCUAACAAUGACGAUGAGGAGGACAGCGGUGAUGACAUGGAUACGACAUCCUUCAACGGUCGCUCAUUUUUCAGCGACACGUUCGGGCUUCCCCGUGCACAGCCACCAGAAGCUGGUGCCAGUUUGCGAGAUCGUCUUGCCUCCUUUGAGGUUGACGAUGACUUUGACGAUGAAGACGAUAGGAUUGAUGGCGUCGCACGGUUCGAAGAGAUUCAGGAGAACGGCGAAGGGACUAGCCCGUUUGAUGAAGUGAAUGGCGACGUCCCAAAAUCCCCCAGUCCCUCACCUAGUCCGCCGAAUCCUAGGGUUAACGGAGACAUCACUCCCGUCCCGCAAUUCAAACUGCCGAUUUUAGGCGACGGUCUUGAUCCUGCAAUGCAAGAUGACGGGUUGAUGACCUCCAGUGAAGACCCUUCGAAGGCAUAGCUGUAUUCUUCGAUCUUUUAAUUUUACACUCUUUCCUUUUUUUUUUUACCUAGCAGCGAUCGUUGAUCUAGGUUGUGUUUUGGGCUACCUUGUGCUUCGUCUAUAACUAACUGUCUUCGUACCGUCGCCUUCAGCGAUUGGCGGUUCAUGAUUCCCUCCUGUAGUAUCAUAAGUAUUAUUACUCUUCGAACUACAGGCUGUCCACUGUCCUGCUCUCCAAUUCUAUUCAAAAUAU